AUGUCGGUUCUUCAGGUGUACUCUUCCCUGUCAUCGAGCUCUCCAAGAGCUACGAUAUCACGUACACUUCAAUCAAUCGCUAGUGCUCCACCUAUCAAUCCCCCUUCAUGUAAAGCACUCAUUCAGCUUAUCAUCGAUGAUCUCCAGGCUGUCAUUAUCGAUGGCUCGCCCAGCCGCUUGAUCAGAGACGACGCAUUGUCCGCUCUUUCUGCUGUCAAGGGACUUGGUAGAAUUCCCCACGGUGCUCAAGUCCUUGCAUCAAUUGCUAACCUCAAAUGUCUUAUGACGCUUGCCAUAAAACUCGAAACUGCUCCUGAUGCAUCGAACGAAGCUUUGAAGUGUGUUGCCAACACCUUACUCCUCAGUGAACCUGCCCGCACCACGUUGCUGAGUCAAGAUAUUGAUGGAGGAAAUAUCUGUAUCGAGCUACUCCAGGUCAGAAAAUCUGCAACACCUGAAAACACAUUUCUCUUUUCCAGAAUCCUCUUCCUCUGUACUGCAUCCCCUCAUCAAUCCGCUUCCUUCAUUCAAUCUAUCGUUGAGACAAAACGCACCCACUUUCCGGGAAAUGGAACAAUAAUCGAUGUUAUUGCACUUAAGUUGGAUGAUUUAAUCGCGUCCAUGCAAGCUGGAAUAAAGAUGUCCCGCGAUGCCAUGACAGAUCUCCUGAAGCUCACCUUUAAUCUCCUCGUACACUAUCCCAAGCUGGUUCCCUCUGAAUUAAAAUAUCCCGCGCUAGCCGGCAGUCCUGAUGACCAAAAGGUGAUGGGUGAUUUCUGGAAUUCGCGGCUUGACGGCAUCCUACCUUCACUUGUUCGUGCCUUUCAGACUGUCCCCCUUUCCUCCCCAAAUCCCCUUACGUCGCCGCUGACUCACAUCAUUCACUCGCUAAUCACUAUUCCUGUUGACUCAUCAUCCCGAGCGAUAUGGUUCGGUACUCUCCCACAUUCACGUCCGACUACCCCACAGCUUAAUUCGUCCGAGCCCACAACCUCUUCUUUGACUGGUUCAAGUCAUGAUGACCAAUCAACGCCUAAGGAGCAUAUUGAACGUGCCAUAUCUUCUGUCAUUCCAGCCGGUCGCCGUUCGUUUCACCACUCACCACUUCCGGACUCGCCUUCCACUGCUGACUGCGCUUCACGCGCUUAUGAACUCCUGGACACGACCCUUGCUCAUUUCCUUCCAGGUGAUAUCGAUUCAGAUGAUCCUGCAGUGCGAGAUCUGUGCAAGAUUGAUGGGGACACAUCCCUGGAUGAAAUCGUGUGCCCACUUGUUCUACUUAUCACACGACUCUGUCUUGGUGAUGACGAUGCCAAGACAAGAAUAAGACAGUGGUUGGUGCCUGAAGAUUUGGACAGGACGCAUCCUUUGGAGAAGAGAGCAGAUCUUUUAGGUCGAUGCUUGAGACUCCUUGCAACCGUGUACCACAGCAGAUUGAAGGACUCCAUGGGAGAAAUGUUGUAUGCAAUGUGUGAUUCAAACGCUACAACCCUUGCUGGUUAUUUUGGAUACGGCAAUGUUGCUGGUUUCCUUUUUCACAAAGGCGUUGUCAGUGCACCGCCUGUCAGCGCGACCUCGGGCGCACCACCGACUACUGCGUCAGGUUUACCCAUCAACCCCAUCACUGGCACCGUUGAGCAUCCCUCGGAAAACAUCGACAUGACUGAUGAAGAGAAGGAACACGAGGCGGAGAAGUUGUUUGUGUUAUUUGAUCGUUUGGAGAAGACUGGUGCGCUACCUCCGAGUCAGAAUCCCUAUCGCAAGGCGUUUCAAGAGGGUAAAAUGGGCUAACCUCACUCAGCAAUGGUGGAUACACAUGGACUUCCGAGUAGCUUACUUACCGAUAUCAUCCCCUUUUCCCCUUUACCUUGAAUUCACAGUUAAUGAAGUAUGAUAGAUCAAGUUGUCAACCGCAGCGAUAG